UUCACGGGCUGGGCUGUUUGAGCGGCUCGUGGCCUGGUUCCCCCUCCUUCUCACAGGCCGUCCUCCGACGCCGCACAUAGUCGCGACUCUCCUUCCCCACACACCAUGAAGUUGGACGUCAAGAGACAGCUGUUCGCCCGCUCCGAGCGGGUGAAGGGCAUUGAUUUCCAUCCCACAGAGCCAUGGAUUCUUACAACAUUAUACAGUGGUCAUGUAUACAUCUGGUCUUAUGAGACUCAGUCAAUUAUCAAAACCUUCGAAAUCACCGAGGUCCCUGUACGAGCCGGUCGGUUCAUUGCCCGCAAGAACUGGAUUGUCUGCGGAUCGGAUGACUUCCAACUCCGCGUCUACAAUUACAACACCUCCGAGAAGAUCGCCUCGUUCGAAGCCCAUCCGGACUACAUUCGUUCCAUCGCAGUGCACCCGACUCAGCCGUUUGUUCUUACCGCGUCCGAUGACAUGACGAUUAAGCUCUGGGACUGGGAGAGGGGCUGGAAGUGUGUCCAGGUGUUCGAGGGCCACAGCCACUAUGUGAUGGGACUGGCGAUCAACCCCAAGGACACGAACACCUUCGCAUCUGCCUGUUUGGAUCGGACCGUCAAGAUCUGGAGUCUUGGCUCGCCGCAUGCCAACUCCACCCUGGAGGCCCACGAGACCAAGGGCGUGAACCAUGUCGAAUAUUACCCGCAGGCGGAUAAGCCGUAUCUCCUCACAACCUCCGAUGACAGGACCGUCAAGAUCUGGGAUUACACCACAAAGGCGCUCAUCGCAACCCUGGAAGGACACACCAGCAACGUUUCGUUCGCCUGCUACCACCCGGAAUUGCCGGUCAUCAUCUCCGGAUCUGAGGAUGGAACCAUCAAGAUCUGGCAUGCGAACACAUACAGACUGGAGCAGUCUCUAAGCUAUGGUCUAGAGAGAGCCUGGUGUGUUGCGUACCAGCGUGGCAGACAGGGAGUUGCGAUGGGUUUCGAUGACGGUGCGGUCGUCGUGAAGAUGGGCAGAGAAGAGCCGGCGGUUUCUAUGGACGGGUCAGGCAAGGUCGUUUGGGCCCGACACAACGAAGUUGUUUCGACUGUCAUUAAGGGUGGUGACGCCACCAUCAAGGACGGAGCCCCGAUUACGCUGCCCACGAAGGACCUGGGAUCAUGCGAAGUGUACCCCCAGACGCUGUCUCACUCCCCCAACGGACGGUUCGUUUCCGUAUGUGGUGACGGCGAGUACAUUAUCUACACUGCUCUUGCCUGGAGAAACAAGGCUUUCGGACAGGCCCUGGACUUCGCCUGGGGAGCGAAGGACAACAGCAACGACUACGCCAUUCGGGAGUCCACCACCAGCGUCAAGAUCUUCAAGAACUUCAAGGAGAUUAGCGGCGGUCUGGAUGUAGGCUUCCAAGCCGAGGGUCUCACCGAUGGUGUACUUCUCGGUGUCAAGGGACAGGGAGGUAUCGGCAUGUUCGACUGGGAGACAGGGAACCUGGUCCGACGUAUCGAGGUUGACCCCAAGGCCGUCUACUGGUCCGAAUCCGGUGAACUCGUCACCCUUGCCUGUGAGGAUUCUUUCUACGUCCUCCGGUACUCCAGAGAGAACUAUAUCAACGGGUUGAACGCCGGCGAAGCCGACGAGGAUGGCGUGGAGUCCGCGUUCGAAGUUGUUACCGAUGUCAACGAGUCUGUCCGGACAGGCCAAUGGGUGGGAGACUGCUUCAUCUACACAAACUCGACAAACCGCCUGAACUACCUGGUGGGCGACCAGACCUACACCAUCUCCCACUUCGACCAGGGAAUGUACGUUCUGGGCUACCUGCCCCGCGACGGCAGAGUCUAUCUGGCCGACAAGGACGUCAACGUGGUAUCGUUCGGCCUUUCCCUCAGCAUGGUCGAAUACCAGACGGUGGUGCUGCGCGGCGAUAUGGACAUGGCCGCCGAGCUGCUCGCAGACGUCCCCCAGGACCAGAUGAACAAGGUGGCUCGCUUCCUCGAAGGCCAGGGAUACAAGGAAAUGGCCCUCGAAGUCGCGACCGACCAGGAGCACCGCUUCGAGCUGGCUCUCGGGCUCAACAACCUCGACAUCGCGCUCGAGAUUGCCCGCGAGGCCAAUGUCGAGCACAAGUGGAAGAUCGUCGGCGACGCCGCCCUGGCAGGAUGGAAUCUGACCCUGGCCCAGGAAUGCUUUACCAACGCCAAGGACGUCGGCUCCCUCCUCCUUCUCCUGACCGCCAGCGGCAACAAAGACGGCCUCCGCCAGCUGGCCGACCAGGCCUCGGAGUCCGGUCUCCACAACGUCGCCUUCUCCACCUUCUGGUCCAUGGGCGACAUCGACGGCUGCAUCGACCUCCUCGUCCGCACAAACCGUCUCGCGGAAUCUGUUCUCUUUGCCCAAACCUACAAGCCCUCCCGCGCCCCCGAGCUCGUCGCUCAAUGGAAGCUCUCCCUUGAGUCCUCCGGAAAGACCAAGAUCGCCCGUCUCGUCGGUAUCCCUCCCGGUUGCCCGGACACCGCCGCCGACGAUGACCUCUUCCCCGAGUGGGAGGAAUACCUCCGUCUUGAGAAGGAUGGUGUCGCUGUUCCCGAACCCCCGUCAUCAGAGUCCCUGAUCGACGUGAACGCCGACGAGGAUGAUGUCGUCGAGUCCGCCACAAACGGGGCCCCUGAGGUGGAAGCUGAAGCCGAAGCCGAGGCCGAGGCCGAAACCGAGGAGGCUGAGGAAGAGGAAGACGCGGAAGAGGAAGAAGCCGAGGCAUGAGAUGAGAUGAGAUGACGGACUGCACAUGAUAGUACGGCGGGAGUGUUUUCUUCAUCAUUGUUCAUUCUGAUCUGUGUGUGUGUGUGUGUGUGUGUGUGUGUGAAAGAGCAAAAUCAUUUCUUUUUUUACUCAUUUCUUUUUUUUUUUUUCGAAUGUAUUGUUGGCACAGCUAUCAACCUACUUACCUACUUACUUAUCCCUACUUACCUCUACCCACCCACCUACCUACCUACCACCUUACUUGGCUUGCGGCACGUCCAAUACCUAUAUUUCCCUUACAUAACUUAUUUUUUAGAUUCUACAUCGCUUGCUUGCUUGUUUGUUAUGAUUCAAUCUCAUGUUCCUCCUCUUUUCGCUCGCCCAAUUCUCAUUGUAUGUUUGUUGCCAUGCUUUUAUUUUACCUGUAUCUAUCACCCUGUUUUGACGAUUUGAAGUGAUG